AUGUGUGAACAACAAUUGUGUUGAGUUUCAAUUCUAAAAAGCUCUAUCAAGUGGUUGUUAUUUGUGUAGUUUCCAAAUAAAAGUUAAAUUUUUAAGGCGACAUUACAACGUUAUUCUAACAGUAUUAUUACUGAUUUGGAUGAGUGGAUUCAAACCCUAAUCGCUUUUAUUUUAUGUAUAUUGCCAACAUUUUGUCAUCACUAAAAAUGCACACCUUUAAGAUAAAAACGUUAUCAGAUGCAGGCGAACAAAAUUAAAAAUUUAUAGACGGUUACUAGUAACAGACCUAUUUUUCGUUCCUUGAAUUAUCAGAAAAACAUAUGCACAACGUCUAUAAAUUUUCAACUAUAUUCGUGUUUUGUUCAUUUUCCUUUGGUCUCUACUUUCAAUCUCUCACCGAGUCAUUUGUGAACGUUUACUAACAAAUGAAGGUGCCUCUUUGACACCUUUAAACUAAAUCACAAUGUGCAAAGAGAAGCACGACAAUCGAGUUUUUCUAUUCACAUUCGAACACUAAAGCGCUCGCUAUGUUUUCUUUUUUAUACACAAAAAUUUUCUUUUAUUUUGCUGAUCCGUAAAAGAAAAUUAUUUCUACAACCGCAUAACCAACAUAAACACCGAAAAGGCAGUUGCGAAACAAACGAUUCCGUAAGCAGUGACUCUAAAGCAACUAUAAACAAUAAACUCACCAGUAACAAAUAUAAUUUAAAAUUAAAAGCCAGUAUAUAAACAUAAUCAAAAUUAGCACACUAUCAACUGAGCGAUCGAACCACCGAACGCCUAAGUAACUUUGCUACCCGCGUACAAUUAAACACAGCAUGCACAAAAGCGAUGGGCGGUUUCCUGGAUAAGCCGAAAACAACUAAACAUAACGACCAUGGGGAAGGAAAUAAACUUCUAUUCGGCGUCAGUUCCAUGCAGGGCUGGCGUUGUGAAAUGGAGGACGCUUACUAUGCAUGUGCCGGUCUUGGAAGUGAGCUCGAUGAUUGGAGUUUCUUUGCCGUUUUUGAUGGACACGCUGGUUGCAAAGUGUCAAAACAUUGCGCCUCAAAUCUGCUUGACUGUAUCAUUAGCACAGAUGAAUUUAGGAAUGGUGACCACGUGAAGGGCAUACGUACCGGUUUCCUACGCAUCGAUGAAAUGAUGCGGGGGUUGCCCGAAUUAACUCAAGAUGCAGAAAAAUGUGGUGGCACAACUGCGGUGUGUGCGUUUAUAUCGCCCACACAAGUUUACAUUGCGAACUGCGGUGAUUCGCGCGCCGUGCUCUGCCGUCAGGGUGUACCGGUAUUUGCAACACAAGAUCACAAACCGAUUUUGCCCGAAGAAAAGGAGCGUAUACACAAUGCGGGCGGCAGUGUUAUGAUAAAACGUGUUAACGGUACGUUGGCAGUGUCGCGAGCGCUAGGCGAUUACGAUUUCAAAAACGUUAAGGAAAAGGGUCAAUGCGAACAAUUAGUGUCGCCAGAACCGGAGAUUUUUUGCCAAAGUCGCCAGGAUACAGAUGAAUUUUUAGUUUUAGCAUGUGACGGUAUAUGGGAUGUUAUGACCAAUGAGGAUUUAUGCAGUUUUGUCCACUCGAGGCUGAGAGUUACAAACGAUUUAGUAAAUAUAGCAAACCAAGUCGUCGAUACAUGCUUGCACAAGGGCAGCCGAGAUAACAUGAGCAUAAUAAUAAUCGCUUUCCCGGGCGCACCACAACCAACUGAAGAAGCCAUAGAGGCGGACAAACGGCUGGAGAAGCAAAUCGAGAAACUAACAAGAGAGGAGAUAGAAUGUAAUGAAGUCACGCAGUACUUUGAUUUAUUGCAAGCACUACAGAAUAAGGAUAUUGAAGGUCUUCCUCCUGGUGGCGGCUUACAGUCAAAAUAUGCAGUCAUCGAGCGAACGUUCAAAGAGUUGUAUCCAGAUCAGGACUGCGAAUGUAAUGAAUAUUAUCAACUGGUUUAAGUUGUGCCAUAAAAAAUUGUUUUAAAAAAAUAUUGCGCAAUUUUUCAAUUUCAACCAAAAUAAAAAAAUAAGUUGCAGUUUUUAUUUAUGUAUGAUGCGUUGUUAUGUAUGAGGCAGUGAAAUCCUUGCUUACAACAAUACGCAUGCGAAAAGCAACCACCUGAUUGUGUGCAUGUCCAUAUGAAUGAGUCAAUAAAUGUUUUGUUUUACACGCAACUCUAUUUUUAUUUCAAUGUACCAAAAAGAUAUUGUCAAAAUAUAUUUAUGAUUGAAUGUUACUCAUAAUUCCA